AUGCCGCCGAAACGAAAGUUCAAAGGCACAAAGGUCAUCUCUAACAGCCCUCUGAAGGCACCGCUACCGUUCCAAAUGACAACGCGUCGCGGUGCAAAAGGCACGUCUAACCACACGAGCUCGGCUGGCCCAUCUAGCGCAAGCUCUGGCAGCCGUCGUAGUUCUCUGGAUGAAAACGCGCAAAACGAGGAUGCAACUCCCGACCAUGAGGAUGCGCGACCAGCCAAGCGCAGCCGAACAUCGUCCGAUUCUGGUUCGCCGCAGAGAUCCAAUGGCUCAUUCGACAACAACACACCCAUGAAUGGCACCCAAACUCCAGAGCUUCAGAAACCUGCAUCUAGUGCGACUUCAACGGCACCAAAAACAGCAGCAAAGAGGAGACGCGCAUCAGACGAUUCAUCACAGUCCAGCAAAACACGUCCAAACGGAGUUCUCACCCGAACCCAAAGCGAUGUCUCCGAACAACAACCGCGCAAAAAGCGCAAAACAAAAGAAUCGCAAACCGACACCGCCGCCGACCAACCUCCUGAGUUAACUGAUGCUAGCACUGCACCCAACUCACCUGAGCAGGUUCCAGAUGUUGACGGCAGUCAAAGCCUUCAGAACGUUCUGCCGACCAAUGGCGAUGCCCCUGCAAAGUCCGGCAGGCGUUUGCCCGGUCGUCGGCGCCAACCGCAUCCGGACAUCAAUGUGGAGACUGAUUUGCGCCGACAGCUCAAUCUUAAGAUGAGCUAUCGCAGUCUUGCAAAGGUCCAAAAGGCUUUAUUAGAAGAGUUGGCAAACCGUACUACGAAGAAUCUUGAAGAUGACCCCCAGUAUCACAAGAAAUGUCCGGAGUACGAAGCCGUCAUGGCCCAGCUGGACCAACGCCGCGACUCCCGUCUGGACCAGAUCAAUUCUCUGCGCACAUAUCGACUCGAGGAAUUAGAGCGCAUCCGCGUCGCCGAGGAGCACAUUCAGCGAGAGCAAUACGUCAAUCGAUUCCGGGAACUUCAGGAUGACUUUAUGCUCCAAAUAUUCUUCCGCGCAAAGCAGCUGGAGCGGGAGAUGAAGAGCCAACACGCUGAUGCCACAGACGACGAAGAUAACAUCCUUCCGCCAACAUUCAGUGACGAAGUUCACCAUGCCGAAGACUAUCGCAUCGGAUCAAAGUUCGCCUCACGGAGCAGGGCUUACGUUGAGGCGGACAAGGAACUUGAGAACGACUCAGUACGACGGAAGUUCACUGCAGCACGAGUUGCCUUUGUUGAGAACGAUGAAGAGGCUGAUGAUUCCAUUGAGGACGUAGCUGGUGGCUUUGCCAAGUUUGACGGCCCAGAUCGCACCGAAGCUAUUGCGCAUUACAACAUUGCGAGCCUCGCUGAUGCUGCCAUCGAAGUCGAAAGGACGCCAACACCACAACCAGAACCAAAGGCGAUUGAGGUCAUUCCAAAUGAGCAUGCUGCUCUGCUCAUGAUGCUUGCAGAUAUAUCAGCACAUCAGCCGCGUACCACUGCCGCACCAAAACCUCAAUACCACUACCCAGAUCCUCGUCAGCAGCCCCCACCGCCGCCGCGAGCGACAACACCGGUUAUCAAGCAAGAAUUUGUGCGAGAAAAGUCGCCGGAAUUCGCACAGCCAGCCAUGCCACUAGGAUUGCCGUCGCAAGCUGCGCAUAGCAGUCCGCCCAAAGUUACCCAGGUCGCAGUGGAUCUUACUCAAAAUGUUUCCCAUUCGGAGCCCAAUGCUGCACCCUCAACGAAAGAUACUGAGGCCCCUGCAAAGACAACUCCAAGUCUCGAGGACAAGGGAAUCGCAAUCCUCAACUCAGCAACCCAGCACACCAUCAAUGCGGGAAUCUUCCAUACAUCCUCAAACGCCAUCUAG